AUGUCUGAGAUCACUCGUGUCGCAGUCGCUGGUGCCACCGGCAAUAUCGGACCUGCAAUUGUGACUCAACUCCUCGAUGCCGGCUUCCAAGUGACCGUCCUGAGCCGUUCCGAAUCCACUCCGGUUGACUCUCGCGCUCAAAUCCAAAAAGUCGACUACACCUCCAAGGACUCACUCGUCGCGGCCCUCAAGGGCCAACAAGCCCUGGUAAACAGUGUGCCCGUACAAGGUGGUCUGCUCGAUACUCACUGGCGCAUUCUCGACGCGGCCCAUGCAGCCGGUAUCCAACGAUACAUUCCGUCCGAGUUUGGCUGCGAUGGAGACAACAAGCACGCGGCCUCGCUGACGGUCUUUGCCGACAAGUCCAAGAUUGCCGAGAAAUUGCGGGAGAUUUCCGAGCAGGAUCCCGGUUUCACCUACACCCGAGUGUACACGGGUAUGUUCCUGGAUUGGGCCAUGGAAAAGAACUUCGUCAUCAACUGGUCGAGUUCGUCGACGGAGAUCUAUGACGGGGGCGAUGUGCCUUUUAGUAGUACCACUCUUGCGGGCGUGGGCAAAGCCAUCGCCGGGGUUCUCAAGAAGCCUGAACAGACCAAGAAUCGCUCGGUCCGGGUCUCCGAGGCCACGGUCACUCAGAACCAGCUGUUGAAGCUGUCGGGGGUGGCGGACAGGAUCCAGAGAGUCGAUCUGAAGACGGAGGAUCUUUCGAAACGGGCCGAGGAGGCGUUGAAGCAAUCCCCGCCGGAUUUUGUGACCUUUGCCGUUAGUCAGAUCUUGUACGCGGUCUUUACGAGCAAAUUUGGUACUCACUUUGACGAGACGGAUAAUGAGCUUUUGGGCCUUGGGACCUAUUCGGAGCAGGAUCUGAUUACCCUGCUUAAGAAAUAUGUCUAG